CACUUCCGCCUAAUGGCCUGAAAUGCAGGCGGCCAUAUUACGUUAGCAAACAGUCUCACGCGCAGCAGUGGGUUUGUUGACGCUGUGAAGCGCAGCAGUAUUUUUUUUUUACGCAGGCUCUCUUGGUCUACCGCAGGUUUGUGUGACAAUGAGCGGCGGCACGCCGUAUAUCGGGAGUAAGAUCAGUCUGAUCAGUAAAGCGGAGAUCCGGUAUGAAGGCAUUCUCUACACCAUCGACACAGAGAACUCCACCGUCGCGCUCGCCAAAGUGCGCUCCUUUGGGACAGAAGACCGCCCCACGGACCGCCCCAUCGCACCCAGGGAUGAGACGUUUGAGUAUAUUAUAUUCAGAGGAAGUGACAUCAAAGACCUGACAGUGUGUGAACCUCCCAAACCGACAUGCUCUCUGCCUCAGGACCCCGCCAUUGUUCAGUCCUCUAUGGGAUCUUCCACUGCCCCGCCAUCAUCCUUCCAGUCUGGGAACUCCUACGGCCUGUUCAACCGUCCUCAAGUCGCACCGUACGCCCAGUUCAACCCCAGCCCACUGGUCUCACCACAGUUUGGCACUGUUGGAGUCGGAAGCACAAUGGGAUUGUUUGGUAGUGACACUGGUAUGACUGCAGCACUGUCUCAGAACAGUGCUGUUGCAUCUGCUUUCAACAGUGACACUUUGAGUGCAUUCGUAGCAGAAGAUCACGCCAAUCUUGCUCUGGACUCUCUGAGAAAGAGCUCGCCGGUGGAAACUGCUGCCCCAUCAGCACCUGCGGUCACCACCUCUGCUCCCACGGCUCGCAAGAGCCCCGUGGAGACUCGUGCAGCCUCCACCAAUACACAAACACCUGUGGACCUCACAGAACAGACUAGGGGCACGGAUGUCCCGAAACCAAGCGUACCAGAGUCCAGUCAGUCCAGAGGAGGAAACAGGGACGCUUCUAAACGGCUUGCAGCUGGUGGUCCUCCUGCUGCCCGCCGCGGUCGUGCUGGAGGUCAUCGCGGCAGAGGACGGUUCCCCGUGAGGAGAGAAGGACCCAUGAAGUUCGAGAAGGACUUUGACUUUGAGAGCGCCAAUGCUCAGUUCAACAAAGACGAGAUUGACAAAGAGUUCCAGAGCAAACUCAAACUGAAAGAUGAGAAGUCGGAUAAGGCUUUGAAUGGCGAGGAUAAGGGUGAUUCAGGGGUGGACACUCAGAACAGCGAAGGAAACGCUGACGAGGAAGAUCCUCUCGGACCAAACUGCUACUACGACAAAUCCAAAUCCUUUUUUGACAACAUCUCCUGUGACGACACAAGAAAGGAGAGGUCUGCGGUGUCCGGUUUCCCACGAGAGAGAAGGCAGACCUGGGCGGAGGAGAGGAGGAUGAACGCAGAGACGUUCGGCAUCCCGUUGCGGCGGGGCCGCGGAGGCUUCAGGGGUCGUGGUGGCAUGGGCUUCAGAGGGGGCCGGGGCCGCGGAGCCGGGAGGGGCUCGUUCGGAGCUCACCCUGGCGGCAGUGGCUUCAGAGGAGGAUACAGAGGAAGCCAAGGAGGAAGAGAGUUCUCCGAUUUUGAAUACAGGAAGGAUAACAAAAUCGCCGCGUAGUGAGCAGACGAAGUGGAUCCGGAAGCCCUGAUUUGCGUGGGGAACUGCUUUUCGGGUCACGUGUUUUUUGCUGAGAACGAGGAGAUAAACGCACGUGUUGUAAAUCUGUCACCAGCACUGGGCUUCGACUGCUUGAAACCUGGAUAUUAACGAAAACACCUACUCCGUUUCUUCCCGAGGAGUGGAACAUAUGCUAUUUUUGAAUUGUUAAUUUGAUAAUAACACCUCCGGAUGGUUUCAAAUACGUUAUGAUUUCCGAGGGACCCUUUCCUUAGUUUGUUGACCUUCAACGCUCGACCCGAAUUUGAUUUAUACUGCUGCUUACAGCUUUACGGAUUAUAACCUCGAACAAUGUAUCGCGACGAUUCUCGAUCACUGAAUGAGCUUUAUUUUUGACCUGUUUGCUAUAAAGUAUCUUACAGUGUAUUUAGCGUCAAAGUAGACUGCCUGGAACUCAGUUAAACAUAUUUUUCUAACGUAAUUACAUAAUUUCCUUCAACGUCAAACAUCACUAUUCCUGUAGUGCGUAGUUAUUUUCCCUCUUAUUAUACACACAUAUAUAUAUAACUGGUACUUAGAUUUCUUUGGAUGUAUCAGUCCCUUGUGAGAGGUCCGUAGUGAGGUUCCUCGUCGGGGCGAGCGCUUGAAGACGUGUCGGCAUUGUUAGUUUCGCUAAAAGUGAAGAUACGGAGAAAUCGAUUAUAAUAGCACAACUUGAAAUGACACGACGUUAUCAACCAGUGCAAAGCGACCUCGGCGAUUGCGUUUCUAUAUAUUCCGUGGGUUCGAUUUAUAUUUGAUGAGGUCCGCUUUGCAGUGUGUAGCACUUUGUAGCAGACGUCUACCGAUAAGCGGACGUCCAUCUUUAUUAAGAAAAUAGUGCUACCCCAGAAACCUAUGCUGCGGUUACCGUGCCGACGCGUUCUUGCCACUUUUGAGCUUCUGCCGCUAAGGAUUACAUGCCUGUCGUCCAGCGAGCGUAAAACGGCGCCGAGCCUCGAGCCUUGGCUGGACGUUUGCGAGUUCCUAGGAUGAUUUUGGAUCGUUCGGCAGCACUGCUUUCUGUCUUCGAGCGGAAACCGUUAAAUGAAGCCGGAAUGCGUACUGCAAUGCAGACACCGUUCAGCUUUUUCCCCCCCAUCUUCUCUUCGUUCAGCUGCUGUCUCGUAGUCACCGACUGCACUAGCAUGAUGUCGUAAGGUCGCGUGACCUCGUUGCACGUUGUGAUGUCACAGCCACAUCUACGCAUCACUCUAGACGUCAGCUGCGUUUUUAAUUGGCUAUUUACCAAAUUUACAUUGCUCUCCCGGUACGUUUUUGCUGCGGAGGAACCAAUUAGUAUUCUUUUUAUAUUGAUUUAUGACUGAAGUCGAAGGUUUGAUAUUUUAAGCGACCGGGUUGAUCGACUAUCCAUUCGCUUCGGAUUUGAUUGUGUAGCGCGUGGCUGUGACAUCUCUGCGGGGAAAAAAAAAAAUGUUGUUGUUCUCGUUUUACGUUUGUUAAGCUGUUCAGUUGAUAUCGAAAUAAACUUUCAGAUUAUAGCAUA